CGCUCCCGGCGGGCGGGGCCGGGAGGAGGCGGCGCUGCCGGGAGCCGCUCCCGCCGCUGUGUGCGCGCCGCUGCCGCCGCUGCCCGGGCGCACCGCUGCCAACGCCGCCCGCCCGAGCCGCGCCAUGCACGCCUCGCCCUGCUCGGACAUGGGAGAUGCGCCCGCGGUUGACAUUGUGGACAUCUAUGAGUCCAUCCGUGAACGGCAGCGUCAUGACAGCGAAAGGUCCACCUGCAGCACCUUGGAGCAGAACGACAUUGAAGCUGUUGAAGCCCUUGUUUGUAUGAGCUCCUGGGGUCAAAGAUCCCAGAAAGGUGACCUAUUAAAGAUAAGGCCCCUCACGCCCUUCUCGGAUUCUGGGGAUUUCACAAUGCACGCCGAGGCUGCGGCUGAAUUACCAAAGGACUAUCUAUCCACACUGUGCAUGACCCCUCCGCACAGCCCUGACUUCGUUGAGAUGUCGGCAGCGACGCUCCUGUCCUCACAAGUGACUUACUCCAAACCAAGGACUGUCAUGGCGAGUGCAGCUGCCUGCUCAGUCACGGCAGCCACCGGUGCCUCUCCCAUAACCCGGCCAUCUGUCCCCAGCGUGGCCCGACCCUGCAGUCAGAAGCCAGUGAUCUCUGAAUUCUCUGCACCUCAGCCCUGCAGGGCCAUGGCAACGAGUGUCAUACGUCACACAGGUGAUAGUUCUGCUUAUCAUCACAUUCCUGCUGUGCAAGAGAAAACAAAGGUAACUUCAGGCUGCAGCGCUUCCAGAGACUGGUGUGGAGCGGAUGACCGAAAACAUUCCAGACUGCCACAGGACACGUGGGCUGCGGAUGAUUUAAUCAGCAAAACCUCUCCAGCACAUCAGCCUUAUGCACAUGACUCCAGUGAUAUUGUGACCAAUAAAGGGCAGCUACCAGUCCGGCCUGUUUCGCCACAAACCCACUUACCAAAGAAUUGUGAGAAUGACUUGCAAAAAAGAGCUACCCCAGUGACACCUGCCCCUGUCUCAAGCCCCCAGGUUCUCUGUCAAAUGAUCCCUUUAAAUGGACAAAGCAGCAUGAUUAAUGCCUAUGUCAAGCCUUCAGCUCCAGCACUCUCAACUCCCAUGAAACCUAUUUUACCACAGACAGCCCCGCUGUCCCAGCCUGUGCUCAUGGGCCCUUCUGUGCCUCAGGGGACUGUCAUGUUGGUUCUCCCUCAGCCCGCUGUCACACAGCCACCGCAGUGCCCGCAGGCCGUGGUGACUGUGGGCAGCACCAAGUUACUGCCCCUCGCCCCUGCUCCCGUGUUCAUCGCUUCUGGUCAGACCUGUGCCCCCCAGAUGGACUUCUCCAGGCGGAGGAAUUACGUGUGCGACUUCCCGGGGUGCAAGAAAACCUAUUUCAAAAGCUCCCACCUCAAAGCCCACCUUCGCACCCACACUGGAGAAAAACCCUUCAGCUGCAACUGGGACGGCUGUGACAAGAAGUUUGCCCGCUCGGAUGAGCUGUCGCGGCACCGGCGGACGCACACGGGCGAGAAGAAGUUCUCGUGCCCGGUGUGCGAGCGCCGCUUCAUGCGCAGCGACCACCUGACCAAGCACACCCGCCGCCACAUGGCCACCAAGAAGACCCCCAGCUGGCAGACAGAGGUUGGCAAGCUCAGCAGAAUUGCCACGGCAGAGACACCCAAGAGCAGCAGCGCUCUGAGUAUGCUCAUCCCCGUGCCGUCGCCCGUCUGCCAGGGCUAGAGCGGGGAAGCACGGUCUGCAGACUUUGUGAGGAUCAGGAAGAGCUCCGAUGGCAACAGCCGAAUGGGCAAUGGCUUUUGUUUUCCCUGUGUUUGUGUGUACUUUAGUUUCCUGCAGUUUAGGUCCUCUGUUGAUAGUGCUAUGUGAGAAAUCUAUCAUAUUUCCUCGUCCCUUCCCUGGUGGUUUUUUUUCAGUACUUGGGCAAUUGCAAUCACCAGCACUUCAGGAAAGUAGAACUCCUUGGAAAUUAUUUUGGCAAUAGGUUAAAAAAAGUUGUAAUGCUUGCUGUUAAUAUUUUGAUGGACAGUAAAACAGGGUGGUUUUUAAUUUUUAUAGUACUAUUUUCUAUACCAAAUAUAUUUUGUAUUUGUUCAUUUUGGUCUUAUUAUGCAGGCAAAUUACUUGCAUUAGUAGGGCUGUGCUGGAUGAGACCCAGUUUUGGAAACUGCUUUUCAGUAAACCUAAACUAUUGCAUUCAGAGUGUUUUAUAAACACCAUUUGAUAACAUGCUGGUUGGUUUUCACACUUGCAAAUCCUGAUCCUGCCAUGGGCUAGUGCUCUUACACCCUCCUUAUGCAGGUAGAUUGAAGAUCAGAGUGAGUCAGUAAUUUUUAAAACAAAACAAACCAGAAUGACCUUAUUUGAGAAUACAAAUCCUCAACAUUUUAGGAAUUCAUACCCUUUGCAAGUAGAAGCCGAUGUGGCUGUCAGUAGAAGCAUUCUCGAGUCCACAUUGCACUGAAGCAAAGUUUGGAGGAGCCAGACUGCUCUGAGGGAGGUAGAAGCACAAACACUGUUAGAAAUUUUGACACUAAAAACUAUGCUUUAUUUUUGGUCCUACUAAACCAAGAUAUCAAAAUAAACUGAAAAAUGCGAAAAUGGCAAGAUAGCCCAUGAAAAAUUAAUGGGUCUCUCUUUAUAUUUUUUUGAGUAGAGGAGAAAUAAAAAAUUAAAGGGUUUUUUUUGUAUUGUGGAUGCUUGUGCACCUUAUAGUUCAAGGCUUUAUUUUACCUGUAUCAAUGCACCAGAGGAAAUACUAAUUGUGUCUUGAGUUAAGAAAUAAGAAAUAGCCACCAUGUCAACUUGAUGAUGCUCUUCAUGUGGCCUUAUACUUCUCCACAGUACUUUGUAUAAAAUCACCCUUUUCUAUUAAACAAUACACUCUCCCUGUUGAAUGGAU